UUGGAGAAUAGUUUGAUGCCCUCUUAAUUUCGCUCUGUAAUCAGAAAUGCUUACACGAAAUGCCAGCAUUUUAAAAUAGCAAAUAUCUGCGCCCUGCGAUGAAGUUUUAACGUCCAUCCGUUAGGAAAAAAGAAACGGACCGUUACAGGCAUGCUAAAACUGCAGAGCGUCUACUUCGGAAGUAGCUUGAGAAACACCGCUGUAUACUCUUUCUCCCUUCUCAGCAAUUUUAGCACGUGUGGACUUAAACGUUCAGAAUUCCGCAGUCGGUAUGCUGUACGAUGCUAUUUGAAAAGUUCUGGGAGUUGAAGUCCACACCUGUUGAGAUGGAGAAACACUGGUACAAAGAGAGGCAUUCAUUUUUGCUGUUUUUGAAUCCAAAUUUAUGUGAGCAUCAAAGUUGAAGUGGAGGAAACAAACUCGCGGGUCAGAUCAAAUGCUGGAUCCCCUCGGAUAUUUCUAUGGACGCUAGGACUUCCGCCACUGCGAAUGAGAUGCGCGAAGAAGCCCGCUCCCUGUUCCUGGAGUAUCUGGCGAGGCUUUUAUGGGAAAUCGUCAGUAAAGGACGACACUUCCGGCGCUUUGAACGGUUUGGCGGGAGGAUGGCGGCGGGCGGCGGUUGCCUGGAAGAACCGAGGCCGUGGGUCCUGGAGGCGGUCUCUGUCCCCUUUUCUCCCCGUGAAGAAGCCACGAGGGGCCUAGUGCUCAGCCCACCUGCUGGCUUAGAGACCUCCAGAGGCCGGACUCGCAACUUGCAAGGACCAUGUCAACAUGUGGAUGUUCCUGAUGACAAUAGUGACAAACUAUUGUUAGCAAACUGGGAGCUUCCCAAAACAGUCCUGGAAAAAUAUCAUGGUUUGGGAGUAGUUCGUAUGUUCCAAUGGCAAGCAGAAUGCUUGAUGGCUGAUCAAGUAUUGGAGGGAAGGAACUUAGUCUACUCGGCUCCCACCAGUGCGGGAAAAACACUUGUUGCCGAAUUACUCAUAUUGAAGAGAGUUUUAGAAACACGGAAGAAAGCAUUGUUCAUUCUCCCUUUCAUCUCUGUGGCAAAAGAGAAGAAAUAUUACCUACAGGCUAUGUUCCAAGAAGAGGGUGUACAAGUGGAAGGUUAUAUAGGCAGUGUUUCUCCUUCGGUCCCUUUUUCUGCACUGGAUGUUGCAGUCUGUACUAUUGAGAAAGCAAACGGUCUGGUCAAUAGACUCAUAGAUGAGAAAACUCUUGACUCUCUAGGAAUAAUUGUUGUGGAUGAAUUGCACAUGUUAGGAGAUUCUCAAAGAGGAUAUUUAUUAGAACUUCUGCUGGCAAAAAUUUGUUUUUUGACUAAAAGAAUAAAGAACAAACAAAUCAUGAAAGAGUCUUUUUGUAAUAAAAUACAGAUCAUAGGAAUGAGUGCUACCCUUCCUAAUUUGGAUCUUCUGGCUUCCUGGCUAAAUGCAGAAUUGUACCACACAGACUUCCGUCCAGUACCCCUUCUGGAACAAGUAAAAAUUGGCAAUAAGAUUUAUGACUCUUCAAAUGCAGUUGUGAGAGAAAUUCAACCUAUACUGAAUAUUAAGGGAGAUGAGGACCAUGUGGUGACUCUGUGUUAUGAGACAGUCCAGGAUGGACAUUCAGUUCUUGUAUUUUGUCCAACAAAGAAUUGGUGUGAGAAAUUAGCAGACAUCAUUGCCAGGGAAUUCUGCAGUAUUCAACAAAAGAAUCUUCAAAAGAUGUCAACCCUUUCACCUGUUACGUUGUGCCAGGAAGGGAUAGAAAAGUUGUUGAUUCAGUUAAAGCGGUCUCCUUCUGGCUUGGACAGUGUGCUUCACCGGACCAUCAAAUGGGGAGUUGCUUUUCACCAUGCAGGUUUGACAUUUGAUGAACGAGACAUAAUUGAAGUAGCUUUCCGUCAAGGUGUCCUACGAGUUUUAAUAGCCACUUCUACACUUUCUUCGGGGGUAAAUCUGCCUGCACGUCGGGUAAUUAUCCGAACUCCUGUAUUUGGUAGCAGACUGUUGGAUAUUUUGACAUACAAACAAAUGGCUGGAAGAGCUGGAAGGAAAGGAGUAGAUACUAUAGGUGAGAGUAUUUUGGUGUGUAAGCCCUCUGAAAAAUCAAAAGGAAUUGCUCUUCUCCAUGGUGGUAUGAAGCCAGUGGGUAGCUGUUUGCUUAGCCUCAAGGGAGAAGGAAUCACCUCCAGUAUGUUACGGGCAAUUCUUGAGAUCAUAGUAAGUGGAGUAGCUAGCUCUUCAGAAGACAUCCAGAGUUAUGCAUCCUGUACACUCCUCGCAGCUAGUUUGAGAGACUUCCAGGACUGUAGGAGAGAGCAGGAGAAAAUUUGUGAUGGAUCUAUUGAAACUUGUGUGAAGUGGCUGCUUGAGAAGGAAUUCAUCAUGAUUUCAGUAACGGAUGUUGGCAAGGAAAUAUAUCGUCCGACACAUCUUGGCUCUGCUACUUUGUUUUCCUCCUUUUCCCCAACAGCAGCACUAGAAAUUUUUGCUGAUCUCCAGAGAGCAAUGAAGAGUUUUGUUCUAGAGAAUGAUCUGCACAGUCUUUAUUUGGUCACUCCUGUUUAUGAAGACUGGACCAAAAUAGACUGGUACCAAUUCUUUUGCUUGUGGGAGAAGUUGCCUGCCUCAUUGAGAAGAGUAGCACAACUUGUGGGAAUUGAAGAAAGUUUUUUGGCUUGUUCUGUCAAAGGCAACAUCAUUGCUAAAACAGAGAAGCAAUAUAGGCAAAUGGCUAUCCACAAAAGAUUUUUUACAAGCUUGGCUCUUCUGGAUUUAAUAAAUGAAGUUCCUUUAAAGGAUGUUGCGAAGAAAUAUGGCUGUAGUCGUGGACAGCUUCAAUCUUUACAACAGUCUGCCGCUACAUAUGCAGGGAUGAUUACUAUUUUCUGUAACCAGCUGGGAUGGCACAACAUGGAACAAUUGCUGUCCCAGUUUCAGAGUCGUCUUAAUUUUGGAAUUCAGAGAGAACUCUGUGAUCUUGUCCGGAUAUCUUUGCUAAAUGCACAGUGUGCUAGAGCUCUUUAUAAUGCUGGUUUCAUCACAGUGGCUGAUGUAGCUAAAGGGACUCUUGAGGAAGUAGAAAAUGUUUUCAGAAAUGCAGCACCAUUCAGAAGUACUCGCAGAGCAGUAGAUGAAGACGAGCAAGCUGCCAAGGAGCGCCUUAAUGCCCAUUUCAUGUGGAUGUCUGGAAUAAAAUGCUUAACUGAAGGUGAAGCAGCCUGUCUGAUUUUAGAGGAGGCUAAAAGGCUUUUAAAGCAUGACUUAGCUCUUUGGGGAGUACAGUGGAACCCCAGUACCUCAAUCUUGCUGGAUACGUCUUAUACAUUUUCUACAAAGGAAAGUGUUACAGAAGGCCACCGGAAACCCCAAAAUAACCACAAUAUGACUUUAUCAGACACAAGGGUCAAUUCACAAAUCAAAAAUAUAUUGUCUGUUAAACAAAAAAAUAAGAGGCAGCUGGAAGGUAAUUCAGCAGAAGAGAUUGAUAAUAAGGUUCCAAUAGGGGCAGAGGCAAGAAAUGAUGAUAUACACCCUAGUGCCAAGAAACGAAUGAAUUUAAACAGAGAUAUGAUAAAUUCACAUGAGAAACAAAUGUUGGAUGCCAGUGAGGCAAUGGAAAGUGCUGAAGACAUUAUGAAGAGAAGCUUGAAAGAAGGCAUAAAAAAUGAUGUUGCAACUAGAUUUAAAUCUAAUGUCGAACUUCAUUCCAAGCAAAGUAUGGAUAAAAAUACAAUUACAAAUCCCAGUGGGAUAUUACAAGCUGCAAAUAGAGAUGAAGUCAAUAUUCAUACCUGCAGUUUUUCAAGCAACAUAGAACGUAUUAAGAAUGGUUAUUCUUCUGAUUUGGAUCUUGUCUUCAAAGAAUUUGAAGAAAGCUUCCAGUUGGAUACCCAAACAGAUAGACUAUUACAACAGCAGAUGGCAGAUGAAACUGCUAACAAGCAACAAAUCAAAGACAAAAAACUGGUAGACAGUCUAACACAGAGAAACUGCAUUGGUAUAAAUGGUAUCAAUAUGUCAGAAAAAAAUGCUAUAUGUAUUAGGGAUAAACUAGAGUGUGGAAAAGCACAUUCACCAUUAUUGCUUAGUAAAGUAUCAGAUUUGGAGGGGCGUCAAACUGAAAAAUACCAAGGAACAUCAGUUGGCUUGGAAACAAGCUGUUUUUCUGUCACAGAUUCCCAGUUGGAUAGCUUCUUACGGCACUAUCAAACUCCAAACUUAACAGAACAACAGCUCACUGUUCUUCCAAAUAAUAUUUCUUUUUCUCUCAACCAAUACCCAUCCACUGUGGAUAUAAAUGAAGCAAAACUUAAUGGCAGUGAUAGUUUAUUAUUUGAUGGAGACUUUAACCACAUGGAUGGCUCCCAGGAUGGUGAUAACAGUGAAAUAAUCAUGGAGACAAUUCCACAGGAGCUGGUAAACCCUCCUUUGUUCAAAAGUGCUUUAAAAUAUACCUCAGGUGAAUUGGAAACAAGACUGAAUAAAGCUAUAUCAAAUAGUACUAUAAACCAAAAAUUGUCAAUGGGGUGUAACUUUAUAAUGUCAGAUACUAGUUCUUUACAUGAAGCAAAAAUAUUAAAUGGUAUGGUUUUACCUCCUUUUUAUAAAAACAGCAAGAUUCUGAAUAAGACAAUGAAAAGGCUAAAAAGUAGUGAAAAGAAUGUAAGUGAAAUUCCACAGAAAGAUUGUACAGAAGAAAAUGAUAAGCAAAUGAACAACCCUGAUGUUUUAUUUGAUUUGAGUCCAGGAAUGCAGGAAGUUUUAGACAGAGGGUUAAGUUCUUCCAAUGAUAAAUCUGAAAUGGGGCCAAAAAACAAAUUGAAUUUAGUGUUUUCUAAGAAUACUACAGAUUCAAGGACUCCUACCAUUUGUCCUGGUCAAUGUGAGUUAUCCUUGCACAAAGAUUUUGGCAGAAAUUGUGUAACAAGAAUGAAGGAUGAUCAAAAGAACAAAAAUGGAAGUUGUGUUUCUUGGAUAGAUGGGAACAAAAUGCCUUUUUCACCACUGAAUGUCAUAGAAUCUACUUCAAAAUGCAUAGAAAUACCGGUUGUGACAAAAACAGAAAAUCCAAUCUCUGUCAAUAAAGUUCCAUAUGUUCAGUUUUUACAGAAGGAUAAAUCUGUUUUACCCAUACAGGAACAAGUAUUACAACGUCAACCAGAACAUACUGAGUUUAAUCUUGAGGAUAAUUCACUGAUAAGUGAAUAUUUUUCACUCCAUUUAUCUCAGGAAAAGGUUCCUCCAGCAUCUUGCAGUGCUGAUAAUUUCUCAAUAAUUGAUGUGGCAAAUGAUAAAACUCUCUUCCAAACUUUCAUUAAAGAAUGGAAAACACACAAAAAAUUUUCUAUCUCUGUGGCUUGUGAAAAGACAAAAAGCCCUCUGUCUCACAGAUCAGCUAUUGGUGCAAAGUUCAAGCAAGGAAGUACAUCUAUGAAAAUUCUCCAUGAAAAUGAUGGAUUUCCUGUUCAUGCCUGCGAAGACUUGCUGGUGGUUGGAUUAGCUGUGUGCUGGGGUAGAAAGGAUGCUUACUACAUCUCAUUGCAGAAGAACUCUCAAAGCCAGAUAGAAGUAAGUCCCAGUUUGGCACAGCCUCCAUUGGAUCAAGACCUGUCUGUGGUAGAAAGAUUGCAACAUCUUAAGCUAUGUCUGCAGGAGUCUGAGAGAGCAUUUUCACUUGUUGUAUAUGAUUUUAUUCAGCACUACAAGACUAUCCUGAAGGCCUGUGGCAUCUCAUUGGCAGGAUGUUUUGAGGACCCAAAGGUAGCAUGCUGGUUAAUUGACCCUGGAUCAAAAGAAGAUUCCAUUCACAGUAUGGUUGCCAAUUUCCUUCCUCAGGACUUAUUCUUGCUAGAUAACAUUGGAGCAAGCCAGGGAAAUCAGAGCCUGGGUCUCAGUGCCAGUGCAGAUCAGUCUGGACGUUACAGGGCAUCUGUAGAGUCUGUUCUUGUCUUCCAUAUUAUAGAAGAACUCCAUAUUAUACUACAUAAGGAUAACUUGCAAGAUAUUUUUCAGAAAGUGGAGAUGCCAAAUCAGUAUUGCUUGGCCUUGCUGGAACUCAAUGGCAUAGGUUUUAGCACAGUAGAAUGUGAGGCCCAGAAACAUGUUAUGGAAGCAAAAUUGAAUGAGAUUGAGAAUCGGAUAUACCAGCUGGCAGGUCACAGUUUCUCCUUGACCUGUCCAGAUGAUGUUGCUGAGGUAUUAUUUCUGGAGCAAAAGUUGCCGUCAGAUGGAGAACUAAAAAUGCAAAAAGGCAAGAAAGUGUUGGGUUGUACUAGAAAAGCAACAACAAAUAAGAAUCGAGCCAGACUGAGUAAACAGUUCAGUACAACAAAGGAGGUUUUAGAAAAAUUGAAGAAAUUGCACCCUUUACCUGGCCUGAUUUUAGAAUGGAGAAAAAUCACUAAUGCAAUAACUAAAGUGAUAUUUCCACUACAGAGGGAGAAACUUUUCAACCCUGUCCUAGGAAUGGAAAGAAUCUAUCCUGUUUCUCAGUUUCAAAGUGCUACAGGCCGCAUAAGCUUCAGAGAACCCAAUAUACAGAAUGUACCUAAAGACUUUGAGAUUGAAAUGCCAACAAUGGUUGAAGAGAGCCCACCUUUUCAGAAACAACACAGUAUUUUAAGAAGCAGAUAUGGAAAACAUUCUGUGUUACCAUGUGGAACUAAGAUUCUAACUGAAGAAAUAUCAAACAGGAAGAAAAUACUAUUUUCUGUUAGCAUGAGACAUGCCUUUGUACCAUUUCCAGGUGGCUUGAUCUUGGCUGCUGAUUACUCUCAGCUUGAGUUAAGAAUCCUUGCACAUUUUUGUUCUGAUGAUCGGCUACUCCGGGCCUUUGGUAACAACGUUGAUGUCUUUAGAAGCAUUGCAGCUGAGUGGAAGAACAUUAACCCUGAAGAGGUUGGGAAUGAUUUAAGGCAACAAGCUAAGCAGAUUUGCUAUGGAAUAAUCUAUGGAAUUGGAGCUAAAUCCUUAGGGGAGCAGAUGGGUGUUCAAGAAACUGAUGCUUUGUGCUUCAUUGAGUCCUUCAAAUCCAGAUAUCCAGGUAUUCAGAAAUUCCUGAAAGAGACAGCAAAGACGUGCACCCAGGAUGGGUUUGUGCAGACAAUCAUGGGAAGGCGUAGAUACCUUCCAGCAAUUAAGGAAACAAAUCCUUACAAGAAGGCUCAGGCAGAGAGGCAAGCUGUAAACACUGUUAUCCAGGGCUCUGCUGCAGAUAUUGUCAAGACAGCUACAGUGAAUAUACAGACACAGCUGGAAGCUUUACCUUCAGCAGUAAAAUCUUUUGGACAUUUGGAGAACUCAUUCCCCAAAAUAUUGUCAGGAAAAUCACAGAGGUUGAAAAAGAGGGAGAUUAUGCAUCCCAAACAUGGAGGAUUUUUCAUACUCCAAUUGCAUGAUGAACUUCUCUAUGAAGUUGGGGAAGAUAACAUAAUUCAGGUGGCACAGAUUGUUAAGCAUGAAAUGGAAAAUGCUGUAAAACUCUCAGUAAAGCUUUCAGUAAGAAUCAAAAUUGGGCCUAGCUGGGGAGAUCUCCAAGACUUGGAAUUCUGAAUGAUGAACAGAUGUUUCUAACACACAAUUCUAUGAGAAAAUGUAUAGGCUGGACACUUAUUCUUCUUUCUUUUUUCUUUUUGCACUGAUACAUCCCUUAAUAUUUCAGAAAAAAUCUAAACCCCUAAAUCUGUUAAGAAAAUAAUUCAGAUGUUAUGGUGUAACUAAAACUUACUAAGAAAUUGUUUCACGAAAUAGUAUUAAUUCCUGAUAAUAUCUUAGUGAUUCCAAAGCCCACAUUGAACUGUUAAAAUAUUGAAGUAUUAGAGAAGGAUGGAUUUAAGAUUAUUUUUUAAAUGCAAUGCAGUUAGGAACAGCUAGAAGGAUGAGUUGUUGUAUUUUACUAGUACAGCUUUUUUAUGAAGAACAUAUAUUUAACUUAUUUCAUAUACAUAAUAAAAUAUGUGAAUAAUAAAAUGGAAUUAAUCUAUUUUGCUAUGUGUGUAACUUAAAUAUAAGGAGUAUCUGUAUCUCAGGUUUCUGUAAUAAUUCCAUGAUUUUAAUAUGUGAGGUACUGACCAUAUAUAUGAUCCUUAUGAGUUUUCUUCUUAUGUGUAAAGGAGAGUACAAAAUAUGAAAUAUACUCUGCUAAAGAUAAAUUUCUUCCAAGUAGUACAUGCACAAAGUAUCAGUCUAUUGCAGGGCAUGGUCAGUGAUUAGAAUGUUCCUUGAUUUAAUAGAAUACAGUCUUGUAUUUAAAAAUUUGCAAUCCAUUCCUUUCUUAUUUUAUUUUUCAUCUGACAAAUCCUAUGUAGUGUACCUUACUAUUCUGUUUUGUUAUCUUUUCUAUGUGAUUUGAAAUCAGUCAAUGAAUUUGCUCAUAUUGUUCCAUAAUAUAAUUUACUUCACCACUUAGUAUAAAAUAAAUAGAGGCAUGUUCCUUCUCUUGAGCUGCAUUUGAAAAUAACUGUGCAUUUGGAACUUUCACUUUGAUUAUCAAAAAGUCAGUGUAGAAGAUAAUUAUGCAGAAAAAAGAAAUUAAAACGUGUUAAUAUAAAUUAAAAAAAAUCUUCCUGAUUACAGGUAGGUCACAAUUUAGUGCAAAUUGUAAAUUGAUACCAAGUUACAUUUAAUACAACUCCAAAUUAACAUAUACAUAUUUGAUGUUAGCACAUAUGCAUCUGUGAUUAAGAUUUUAGACACUGCUAAUCUUCAUGCAAAAUGGAACAAAGAAAGAUUCUGGCAGAGGAAAACUGUGCAAGUUUGAAAAAAAAGGUUCAUUAUUACAUUAGAGUAAAAUUGUGAUAUAUUGAACAAUAUAAAAACGUUCAUAGCAACACUAAAAUUGGAUGAGAUGUUUGAAUGCCUGGAUUUGUGGUAGAAUUUUUUACUUUCAUUUUACUUUCUAUAACUAUUCCAUGAAUCAUAAAUUGAAAUCAUAAAUAUAUAUUUUAUCCAUUAUUGCAAUAUUUAGUUAGGUUUAAAAAUUUUCACUUUAAAUAAUAAGAAAUUGAAUAAUGGUGCCAUUUUGUGGGAUUCUUUAAUCACACUAAUUGAGAUCUACUGUACCUGCAAAGGAAAAGUGGGGAACAGAAUUUACAAUAGGAGCCAGUGUGAAAGAAGACACCACUAUUGGCUCAAGUAUGAGUAUCAAGUAAAUAAAUGGUUGUCUAUUAGGACUCCUAGAUCCCUCUCAGUUACUAUUGUUAAGCCAAGUGCCACCUAUUUUAUACCUGUACAUUUGGUUUUUCCUAACUAAGUGCAGGACCUUACUUUCUCACCACUGAACUGCAUUUUGUUGGAUAGGGCCCAAUGCUCAAGUCUGCCAAGAUUCUUUUGAAUCUUGAGCCUAGCUUCCAAAGUGUUAGCAAUUCCUCCCAGCUUGGUGUCAUCUGCAGAUUUGAUGAACUCCCCUUCUAUCCCCUCACAUAGAUCAUUUAUGAGGAUGUUGGAGAGUUCUGGCCCUAAAACAGAACCUUUGGAUACCCCACUGCAUGCUUUCCUUGAUGUAGAUAUAGUUCCAUUGAGAACAAUAUGCUGAGCGUGGUUGGUCAGCCAAGUGCAAAUCCAUCUGGUGAUUUAAAUUAGUCAAAUUUGUUGUUGGUUUCAAAUUCUGAUUCACAUUACUGGAAAUGAUAGAACAUGUAGGAUUAGAUAAUGUCCUAUUCUUUAGACAGAUAUACUUAAUAAGGUCAAAAAUUGAGGACAAUUGUUCCUAUUAACCAACCAGUGUGCAUUGGCAUAACACACACACACAUUCACUGGCCGCUUCACAAAAGUAAAAAUACAGUUUAUUUCAAUUUUGUUUUGCAUGUUAGGUGAACCUAUGUAUUGUGGCUUAUUGUUCACCAUGAUGAAAUGAAUCGUGGCUUAGCAAAUGUGAGCAAUAAUGCUGUCACCUAUCCUGUAACCAUGAAAUCUGCAUCUUUCUGGAAAAAGCAACGCUCAUUGAACAGAAAUAAGUGAACUGAGUCACAAAAUAAUAUUGUGGAGAUGCACUAGGACAGUGGUGGCGAACUUAUGGCAUGGGUGCCAGAGGCGGCACUCAGAGCCCUCUCUGUGGGCACGUGUGCCGUUGCCCAGUCCCGCCUCCCCCCAUGGCCCCCUCACCA